AUGCCCGACGACGCCAUCUUCGCCACCUUCCAGGAGGUCAAGUCUCGCAAGAAGGCUCAAGCUCGCAAAUCAGACCCUCUUGUCGCUUCCCCUGCCCCUUCGCAUCCCAACGAUACCGACCAUACAAAAGGCACAAACAUCCCUUCCAGCCUCCUCGCCGUCUCCAAAACACCUCACCCGGCCUUCACGCUUUCGAUCAGGUCCUCUACCGAGUUUCCAAGCCUCUCCAAGGCCGUCCGGUCUGUCCCGGCUGCCCCUCAAGAGGUUCAGCCCGAUCCCGAGAUGGCCCCUCAGCGGGAAAUCCUCGCCAAGUCGCCUCUGGGCAAGGAUGAUGGCAUUCUUUCCAGUCCUCCCGUGACCGACGACAAUCGAGCCCUGGUGGCGACAAGGGGCAAAGAAAUCGCACCGGUCAAAUAUCAUGCAGUGACCGGUACUUCGACCAACGGUCAGCAUUGGCCCCUUUCUCGUAAUCCCUCAAACGGUACUGAGGGAGGCAAUUUCCCUUCUCACCGAGAGGACACCAACCCGUGGGCGGAGGAUGACGCUAUAGCCUCAGUCGACUGCCGCCGCCCAUUCCCUUCCUCCGAUUCCGGCGCCAGAUUCAACAGGCAUCAGUCGUCUAGGGGCUUCAGAGGUGCGAGGAAUGGGGGCAUCAGGCCGAGGAGGACAGACUGGUGGAGAAGGGAUCCGCACCCGAUGUUUAGUCCCAAAUAUGCUGCUCAGAGGCUGCUUAUCGAGUUCCCGUCGGCGAUCAGUGUUGCUCAUGCUAAAGCGGUUCUGGAGAAGCACUUUGAGAAGUAUGGAGCUGUACACUCUGUUUAUCAUUACGAUCAGACCGGCGACAGAUGCUACAAAGGCUUUGUCGUAUUUGAAGAUCCCGUCAGCAUUCAACGUGUGUUCAGCGAUCCCUUGGCCAAAGUCUGUGAUCUCACCCCCGACCCCGAUACCGCCGAGUCUCGCGUAGACAUUACCAUUCGCCCCUCUGCUGCCUCAGACCUAGAGCGUAUCGUGUUUAUCCGCGUCACUGGCUCCCGUUCUCCCGAAGAAGCGAGGGACCGCCGUCAGGCGCACCACAAGCAGUACGAUAUCGAGCACAGGGACCGAUACGAGGGUGCUCCUUCGCAGAGAUAUGAUUCUGCGAGCUCGAUCAACGCAGAUGGGCUUGCGCUGGUUCACAAGGAGCUGUUGCCUGAGAGGGUCAAUUUGGAUCAGAUUCCAUUCAAGGUGAGGACCAAGGAGCAUCACAAGCUGUUCUCGUCGAUCUGUGUCCGUCAGAUCAGCACUUCUUGGGAAGAGUUUGCGAGGCAGGUGGAAGAGGGGUGCGGUAGGAGGCCAGUGAAUAUCCGGGAGAUCAGUGUGAGGCACUCUUCAGAGCAUGAGUUCAUUCCUCUGCUCUGUGAUCACCUUGGCGAGGUCUGCAGUCUGCGCCAGCCUAGCGAUAAGUUCCCUGGUUGGCUGGUGACUGUCAGUGGGAGUAGAGACGGGAGACAUAUGAUCCAUGAAUUGCAGAAGAUCCCCGGAUUCUUCGUCCGCUGGGCUGACGAGCGCGAUGGUCUAUUCAGCGACGACCCUAGCGCUACCACCCUCAAAUGGCCUAGCCAUUCCAACGCCCAUCGCCCCUUCCCUCAAGACCGGUCCUCUCCCUCGCCUCCUGACCCUGUCAUCCACACCCCUACCACGCCCCACGCUACAAUUCCCUCUUCAUCCUCCCUGACUAUCCUCGGCCCCAGUCCGACCCAUCCGACUCUUCGUCGCGCACUUUUGCACUCGUAUCGCGGACGCACCCUUGUGCAAGAUAAUGCAAGUGGGGAAGCGAGAUUUUUGGAUGAAUCUGCAGUGUUUGUUGGAAGGGUGAAUAAGGAUAUGGAGAGCAAUGCGAGUUUGCAGACCAGGUUUGGAAAGUAUGGGAGAAUUAUAUGCCUGGAAUUCAAUCCGAGGGGUGUGGCCCAACAUGUCAACCAUGCAACUGCAAGGGUGAUGUAUGACAACAAAAAGUCUGCUGCUGAUGCUAUCGCCGGCGAAAAUGGGGCGCACUCGUAUGGGAGUCACCUGAGAUGUGAGCUGAGGAAAGUCAUCCAGUCGGAUGUUCACACGAGAGCGAUAUACGUUGACGCCAAUAAUCGUCCACUCAGCCCGACCGAUGUUGCCAAAGCCUUCCCCGACCCCAACCAGGGCUUCCCCGAUCCGGCCAUCGUCGACGUCAAAGUCGCUCCCAGCCCCGAGUCUACUGCCGCACCGCCCAGGGCAAAACAAUCGCCCCUCCCCUCCGCACCAUUCGAUAUCCUUUCCCCUAAUAACUCCGGUUACCCGUAUGACAUACCCCUUUCUCCUCAAUUUCCGGGGAUGAUGCAAGGUCAAAAAGAGGGGAUCGAGGCCCAGAUGGGCGCUCCGAGCCUUGGGCUGUCUGUAAUGGCCGUACCAAACUUUGAUCACAGUGCCAUCUUGUCUUUCAACUCUAUGUGGGGCUUAUCUCAGCCGAACGGUGUCCCUGCGCUGCAGCCUGUCUACGCAAACGGUUCUGGCUCCGCUAGCAGGAGUGUGAGCAAUCCCCUGCCAGCCCACAAGGUCCCAACGCCCGACGAGAAGGACACUCCGAUCACUACGCCCGCCACCCCUUCUCAGGACAUCCCUUUCGCAACCAUUGCGAAAACAAUCGAACCAAACUCCCACACUCUGACGCCUGUCGGAUUCAAGGAGGAGAAUGGUAUCUUCACUGCCAUAUAUGCAGACGAUGAGCUCAAAUCGUACUGCGAGACAAAUGGUCUCCCUUACCCUCCGGAACGACAUGUCACGCCCAAAAAGGAGGAGGGACAAGCGAAGCUUGGUCCGGCAUGGCGAGAAAGUUUACUGCCUAUCCAGACCGGGGGACACGACCCUACUAGUAUCUCGCCGUUGAGGAGGGGAUCAGAAGCUGCCAUUUCAGGAGAGGAUCGGCCCACCUUGACCAAGUUGAGGCUGAGGAGGUCGAGGAGCGAUUAUUCUCUGGACACGAGGCUCAGGGACGGGGACGUCUCCGAAGCUGUUUCGUCAUUCGGAUCUUCUAGGGUUCCUUCCCCGAGGGGCCUGUUGUCAAACCAUCAUCCUCAUGGCAGGUUGACUCCCACCGGGAGCUUUAUCGAUGACCCUAUACCUGGUCACCAUGUGCCUUAUGUGGCCAACACGCCUGCUGAUAUGUUCCAAUUCCCGUCUCUCGUCAUGUCUCCUCCCCCUCCGCCUGUCAUGCCCCAAAACCUCAUUCCCAUUCCCAUCCCUGUUGACACCCGCGCUUCGCCUGUGGACGAGCUCGGCAGAAUGGGCCCGCCCUAUAUCUCAAGCCACUAUCCCAUCUACGACAGUCUUUCCUCCAGCGGAUCAAGUGGGCCAGCGGGAUUCUAUUUGCACAGCAUGAACGGGCGCAAUGCCUCGAAUGGGUAUCCGAGCAUGAUGGGCUAUGAUGUGUAUGCUCAUCAGAUGGCAGUGCAGCAACAACAGCAUGCCAUGGCGAUGGGCUACCAGUAUACCAAGCAACCCCUCCACGGGGGAAGGGAAGGGCCUGGAAGAGAGAAUUGGGGUGGAAGCGGUUUACGGGGCAAUGGAGGUGAUGUUCACUGGGCUGGGGGAGACGACUCGGGGAAUGGAGCGGGUAACAUGAGGAGGAAUGACAGCAGCAUCAAAGGGAGGACCAACAACUAUGGGAGUAUGCGAGGAAAAGGGAAAGGGGGCAGGAGGAGGGGACAGCUUUACCAUGGACAACAAUCUAGCCGUCAGCAAGCACAGACGGAGUUCGCUGAAGGGGAUUGA